CGCACAGGCCGUCCUUCCGCCUCAGGGCUUUUACCAACGGCGGCGCCGGUGAAUCAUCUUCUCCUGCCGCCGUGAAGCUUCCUGAGAAGCCUUCCAUUUGCACCGCCGACGAGCUUCACUAUGUGUCCGUGUCCAAUUCCGAUUGGAGGCUGGCGCUGUGGCGGUACCACCCUUCUCCUCAGGCACCUCGAAGGAAUCACCCUCUGUUACUGUUGUCUGGAGUUGGCACUAACGCCAUUGGAUAUGACCUUUCUCCUGGGUCAUCAUUUGCACGCUACAUGUCUGGUCAGGGUUUUGAAACCUGGAUCCUUGAAUUACGAGGAGCUGGUUUGAGUGUCAAUGGUUCAAAUUCCAAAGAUAUUCAAAAGUCUUCCCAAGCAAUAUCUGACAGGAUGGAAGCUACUUCAGAAAGUGCAUCUAACUCGAAUGGAGUUGUGGCCUCAGAAAAAGAGUUGAAUAACAUUUUAGAUGCAAUAUCUGACAAGAUGGAAUCUGCUUCGAAGAGUGCAUCGAAGUUAAAUGGUGCUGUGGCUUCAGAAAAAGAAUUGAAUAACAAUUCAGAAGCAAUAUCUGAAUCUGUCACUUCUUCCUCCCUGGAAGUAGAAACUGGCAAUGGUGCAGUCAGUGAAGAACUUACUAGGUUAGCUACUGUUUGGGAUGAAUCAAAAUUGGUUGCAAGGUUGACAGAGACUUUUAUGCGUUUGUCUGAAAGAGUAUCUGGGUUUCUUAGUGAUAACCAAUCUAAGAUAAUGUCUACCAAAUUACUUGAUCAAAUAUCAAAACUUUUGGUUGAUUCUCCAUUAUAUGAACGAUUCAAUGAGAUAAGAGGAAAGCUUUCAGCUUUGUUGGAAACAGGGCAAAACUCUGGUAUUACUAAUCAAAUAACUGAUCUGAGUCAAAAGCUAGUAAAAAUUAUUGAGGAAAGCCAGCUCUCUGUUUCUCCGCCGUUAUUUGAUCUACAAGCACGCUUUACUUCUACCAUAGAAGAUUUUCAAAGGCAACUUGACUUGAUGGUGAAGUAUGAUUGGGACUUCGAUCAUUACUUGGAAGAAGAUGUUCCUGCUGCGAUAGAAUACAUAAUGAAUGAAAGCAAGCCAAAAGAUGGUAAAUUGCUUGCAAUUGGACACUCCAUGGGUGGUAUCUUGCUGUACUCGAUGCUGUCACGGUUUGCUUGUGAAGAAAAAGAAUCCAGAUUAGCUGCAGUGGUUACACUAGCAUCAUCUUUAGACUACACGUCAUCCAAAUCAACUCUAAAGUUGCUCUUACCCCUUGCAGACCCUGCACAGGCUCUGAAUGUCCCUGUUGUUCCCUUGGGAGCAAUGUUGGCUGCAGCUUAUCCUCUUUCAUCUCGUCCACCAUAUGUGUUGUCGUGGUUAAAUACUUUGAUUUCUGCUGAGGACAUGAUGGAUGCAGAUUUGUUAAAAAGGCUGGUCUUAAAUAACUUCUGUACUAUACCAGCAAAACUUAUCUUGCAACUCACAACAGCAUUUAGAGAGCGUGGGUUAUGUAACAGGAAUGGGACCUUUUUCUACAAGGAUCAUAUACACAAAAACAAUGUCCCUAUCUUAGCUAUUGCUGGAGACCGAGAUAUGAUUUGUCCACCUGAAGCUGUGAAAGGCAGUGGAGCAGGUUUAUCCAUGCAUAAUUGAAUUUCUGAGUAGUCACGACAAGUGAUUUACACCAUCAAUUUCAUCAAAUGCAUUGUUCUUUGACCAUGCUUGAUUACUAAAUCCCAAAGAGGCAUAGUAUAUCUUUUCUCAUGUGCCUUUUGCACAUCCAUUUGGAGCUUAUGCUUACACAUGUGGGUGUGGAUGUUACUCGCAACAUCACUAUGUAUAUGUUACCGUACAUAGUCUAUACAAGAAAGUUGAGAGUUUAAGUUUAUAGAUCCUUUUGUGCAUUGAAGUUUUCCAAGGAUAGAGUGAUAGGAAUUAUAUACUUUUAAGAGGAAUCUGUAAGAACAUAUUAUUUGCUUGCGGCAUAGUCCCUGAUAUCUGAAGUGCUGUAAGAGUUGUGUAAAUACCAUGCCCUGCUCAAGUUUCUUCAAUGAAUUUGGACCAAGCCAACUGGUCAGGUUUUGAUAA